AGUGAAGGCUGUGCGAAUCGAGGAUACGUUAAUGUGCCAAAACAUUCGCGACGCGUUGAUAUCACGUGACUGUCCAUUUGGGCUUAGCGGGGAGCCUCCCGACUUCACCUCACCCGCUCGUCGUCGUUUGCUCGUGGCUCCUUCUUGACCUCACCUUCUCACCUUCGUCCUCGCGCGCCUUCUCUCAGUUCCUCGUCCCCUUCCAUCCUAGCGUACCCUUUCCUAUUCUCCCUCCAGGUUUCCUCUUGCGGUCACACGUCAGGAGGUACUUGUUUUUAGGUCGCGCAUUUCCUUGGUUUCCUACCUUGGACCCUCUCCCUACCCGUGGCAUCUCCAACACCGACACCUUCCAUCUCCCUUCCAUUUUGUUCGCUUCCUACCCUCGAGCAAUUCCCGGCAGCAUAUCCCGUGAAGCUUUCCUUGAUUUUUCAACCGACGGGCUCCAUCAUCACUAUUGCUCUGCUCUUUCUUCCGUCGGCACCAACACCGUCUCUCUCUCCACCUCCAGCCUCUCCACAGCACCAGAUUCCCCUCCCCGUCUAUCGCCAAGCACCAGCACCUUCUGUGGGAACUUCUGGUGUACAUAAACGAUCUUAAGAAACGAAGAAAGCAGUUUUCAUUCUUGACAUCCGACUCCUUUCACGUAAGUGAAGACAGAUCAGCACAGUGAUUACAAUGUCCGCCUCUCCAUCCAAUCUGCAAUCGACUAAGCGUCCUCUCGAGGACCCUUCCUCCCCCUCGGGCCCCAACGACCAGCCGGAGGCUAAGCGCCCCGCACUUGACAAAGUAGCACGCAGUGACGCCGAGGCCGAGGCCGAGACCGACGUGUCGGCCAACCAGAUCCCGUCCGUCGAGGAUUCUAAGGAUACCCAGGGCGACACCGUUGUUCCCGACGCCCCCAAUGGAAAGAGUCACCCAGAGACUCAGCCGAUCCAGUCGACUGCUUCGCACGGUGAGCGGGCUGGUUCCCAGUCCGAUACGCACCCCCCACAGGACGAGUCGAGCUGGAUCCACAUCCGUGCCGUAAUCUCCAGCCCCGAGGCUGCCACUGUCAUUGGAAAGGGAGGUGAGAACGUGUCCCAGAUUCGUCGCAUGUCCGGUGCCAAGUGCACUGUCAGCGACUACUCCCGGGGUGCCGUCGAGCGGAUCUUGACCGUGAGCGGUGCCCAGGACGCGGUGGCCAAGGCCUUCGGUCUUAUCAUUCGUACCCUGAACAAUGAACCCAUCGAUGCCCCUUCCACUGCCCAGUCCAAGACGUACCCUCUGCGUUUGCUAAUCCCCCACAUUCUCAUUGGAUCCAUCAUCGGCAAGGGCGGUAGUCGUAUUCGCGAGAUCCAGGAGGCCUCUGGUGCACGCCUGAAUGCUUCCGAUACCUGCCUUCCUCUCUCGACCGAGCGCUCCCUGGUUAUUCUUGGUGUCGCCGAUGCCGUGCACAUUGCGACAUACUAUGUCGCCGUGACUCUGGUGGAGCAACUGACGGAGCGAUUCGGCGGCCCUGCAGCCUCGGCCUAUGCCACCCGCAGCGGUGGGCCUGCUGGCGCCGUGCCUGGCGGUAUGCAGGUGGUGCCAUACGUGCCUCAGCCCGCUGGUGGUCAGUACGGCCACCCAGACACCUUCAAGCGCAACCACCCCCACCCCAAUCGUGGCCAGCCUGGUGCCUACGGUGUUCCCUACCUGCAGGGUCAGGCGCCUGCCCCCGUUGCCCAGCCCGCCAUGCCAUAUGGUGCGGCCCCGCACACUCCCUACGCUGGUGCUACCCCCCACCAGCCGAACCCCUACGUGGGUGGCCCACAACCUGCUGCCGGCCGUGGCGGUGCUCCCACUGCCCCAGCCCCCGUUGGCGGUGCUAUGCCCGGCCAGCCACUGACCCAGCAGAUCUAUAUCCCCAACGAUAUGGUGGGUGCCAUCAUCGGUAAGGGCGGUGCCAAGAUCAACGAAAUACGCCACCUGAGCGGCAGUGUGAUCAAGAUCAACGAGCCUCAGGAGAACAGCAACGAGCGUCUGGUGACCAUUACUGGUACUCAGGAAUGCAACCAAAUGGCUUUGUACAUGCUUUACUCGCGGCUUGAAAGCGAGAAGCACCGCGUCUAAGGUCAGCAGGCCUUUAUCUAUGGGGAGCCCGUCCGGCGUCGCGCUCAAAAAGUCUACGGUGGUUCAUGAUGAUUCUGUUUCUCUUUGUUUCAAUCUCACAUGGGUGUUUUUGACUUCUCUUGUUGUAUCUUAUUUGAGGCGUGUCCUCCGAUUCCCUGCCUCCUAAUAACCAAUCCACCUAGUCAUUUCUGCCCUAUUGCCCUUUUCCCCUAGCAGUAGCCCAGGGCCCAUUUCUACCUUUGUUUUACCUCCCGAGUCACCCUCCAAAUUUCAUACUUGCAGCUCAUCCCAUCCCACUCGAUGAGAUUCCUCUCAUGUUGGCCUCUUAGUUGUUUCUCUCAGACCUCCCCAUUCUCUAGACUUUCUGGAAUCUGACAUGUUUCAUCUCCAAUUCAGGUACAGGGGGAAGGAGCAGCUUCUCUCGGAUCGGUGUGAUGCCAUCGACAAAGACCUUUGUCUUUUUGGCAUUAUUAUGGGUCUCCACGGUCUCCCAUCCCACGGCAAGCAAAUGCACUGUCGCCAGGCCGUUCGGACUCUUAUCAUGCUUCACCGUUCUCGGCCGCUCGACAUGGCCCAUCGACCAGGAUCGCGGCGCCGCUUCCUGUGGUAGCUGCUCCAGCAACGCCGUACGGAAAUUGACCAAGUCAGCGUCCAGCUGUCGGGUUUCGUAUGGCGACAUCUCACUGGCGACUAGCAGGAAACAGAGCUCGGUCACUGGGUUUUCAGUCAACGUGUUGGUGCUACUGAUGGGUGGGCUGAGAGUUGCAUAGAUUGCAGUUACAGGCUGGUCUUCUUCGAGGAAAGGUUCCAAGAGGGACGAGAGUAUUGCGCAGCGGGCGUCAGUCCAUUCUGGUAGAUUUUCGUUUAG